AUAAAACAAAUUCAAGGAAGGAAAAAAUCAAGAAAUGGGAAUGAGGUCACACGCAAUACUGUGCGAGAGAGAGAGAGAGAGAGAGAGGUAUUUUAAUGGAGGUUGGAGUUAGAUUUGGCCUUUGUGUGUUCCGUAGCUGCGUGAGAAAGAAUUUCUUGGUCCGCUGGUGAGAGCUUGUUGUUGCUGCGGCCUGCGGGCGGUUUACCUAGCAUAUUCCUCCCGUCCGGAGAGAGACAGUGAGUGCGAAAGAAAGAAAGAGGAGGAGCUGUGCGUGUGUCUGUAUUUGUCUCGGCAAUGGGGAAUUCGUUCGGUUGCUCCGCCUCCGGCGAGAGGCUGGUGUCGGCGGCGAGGGACGGCGAUUUGGUCGAGGCCAAGAUGCUCUUGGAUUGCAACCCUUGCCUCGCCAAGUACUCCACCUUCGGCGGCCUCAACUCCCCUCUCCAUUUCGCCGCAGCUAAAGGCCACAACGAGAUUGUGGCGUUGCUGCUGGAUAAUGGCGCCGACGUGAACUCCAGGAAUUAUUGUGGCCAGACGGCAUUGAUGCAAGCUUGUAGAUAUGGACACUGGGAAGUUGUACAGACUCUUCUUCUUUUCCGAUGCAAUGUUACGCGAGCGGAUUAUCUAAGUGGAAGGACUGCCCUUCAUUUCGCAGCUGUAAAUGGCCAUGCAAGAUGUCUGAGACUAGUUGUUGCUGAUUUUGUUCCUAGUGCUCCUUUUGUUCUUGCUUGUGAUCGGGCAGUAAAUGAUGCAGGAGAGUCUGCUACUGUAAAGACAAGCGCACUGUCCAAGUUUGUAAAUAAGGCGGCGGAUGGUGGUAUAACUGCUCUUCACAUGGCUGCAUUGCAUGGCUAUUUCGACUGCGUACAGCUUUUACUUGACCUUCAUGCAAAUGUUUCAGCUGUGACAUUUCAUUACGGAACAACGAUGGAUCUAAUUGGAGCUGGGAGUACACCUUUGCAUUAUGCUGCUUGCGGGGGCAAUUUAAAGUGCUGCCAGAUCCUUCUAGCAAGAGGUGCCAGUCGGAUUUCAUUGAAUUGCAAUGGGUGGCUGCCUGUCGAUGUGGCUAGGAUGUGGGGCCGUCAUUGGCUUGAACCAUUGCUGACACCAAAUUCGGAUUCUAUCAUCCCACGAUUCCCUCAAUCGUGCUACUUAUCCUUGCCCCUUCUAAGUGUGCUUAACAUAGCAAGAGAGUUCGGGAUGCAAUACGCGACGUCCUCUGAUGAUCCAGACGUUUGUGCUGUCUGCCUAGAGAGACACUGUAAUGUGACUGCUGAAGGUUGUGGGCAUGAGCUUUGUGUGAGAUGUGCACUUUACCUGUGCUCAACGAGCAACAUGCCAACUGAAACAGCUGGCCCACCUGGUUCCAUCCCGUGUCCACUCUGCAGAAAUGGAAUCGUCUCCUUCACCAAAUUGCCAGGCUCCCCAGCAAAAGAACUGAAGCAGCUUUCCAUGUCACUCGGCCUGUGCACCCCUUGCAUGCUUCACCCUCGUGACGACCAGCGAGCAGCGUGUGUACCCGAGAUCCGAAAGAACCGUGUGGCUGCAGUAGUAUCUUCAGAAUACCUCUGCCCAGUCACCUGCAGCCCUUUCCCAUCCGUGGCAAUGCCGUUGUGCACCUGCAAUGACGGCCCUUGCCCUCCGUUCGAACCCGAGUCAGCCGACGAAUCAACAUCUGAAUCAUCCCCACGUGGCUCGCACGCAGCAGCGCCCAGUGGGGACCAGGAUAAACUGGAAGGGACGAGGCUGGAGAAGACUACAUGUUCGAACAUGUUUUGGAGCAGAAGAAGCUGCAGCCGUGAGCAUCAAUGCAACUCCGAAAUAAAUGCUUGACAACAGAAGAACGAUGCUCUUCUCAUUGAUUUUGGGGGUUUGGCGGAGGGAGUUUUUUCGAGGAUGAAGGUAAUCUGCUCUAUUGCGAUUUUUCGGUUUAAUAUAUAUAUAUAUGGGGAAGGGGCUUGGGGUGGUUUAAGGUCUGUAGAAAAGGUUUUGUUUAGGAGAACUCGUAUAUGUGAUUCGACGGGACGAAAAAUGUGAUUUUAGGGUUGCAGACUAUUGGCCAUUUCCGUCUGUCUGUCCCUCCUCCAUCCACCUAUUAUGUUCAAAUUUUUCUGGUUCUUGGCUUUGACAGGUAGGAAAAAGGUUUAGGGAAUGAGCAGAUAUUGGGUGAUCUGUUUUUGUUUUCGUUUCUCUAUCAUUUUAGGUGGGCAUUAUGUGUCCAUAUAUGUAAUUUUAUCGCAACCAAACCGCAUUUAGGUGUUGAACUAGAUGUAAAUGUAUUGGUAUAUUCAUGAACAAGAGCCAUGCUUGUUGUAACUUAUGUACGAAGCCGAGAGUACGAACAUGUUUUUAACAUUGGGCUAAUACCAUUACAACACCCGAACUAUCCAAAAAAUGCCAUUUGUGUCC